CUUCGCCGUUAGAACUACUGUCGUUCGAUCUGAACCGAACCACGCGCUCGGUGUACACACACACACACACACAUCAUACACGCGCUCAUACACCACCCUUGGGUACCUUACUUCUUGGCUCGACAAUCACCCAUCAUCCCAUCACCCCUUCGCUUCGACUGCUUGCGAUAGCCCCAAUGCCCACGCCUUACGCAGCAAGGCGUUCCGGUAAUGCCGCUUCUGCGACGCAAGAGUAUACUGCUCUGGGACAGCAAGAAACUGCAUCGUCAGCAGCAUGAGCAGCAGCAGCAGCAGCAACAGGAGCAGCCGCAUCAGCAUCAUCAGCAUGAGCAUGAGCAUGUGCAUGAUCCUGGUGUGGAGGACUCGCCCUGCGGCAGCAGCCUGACUACUACUCCCAGUUUAGACCAUCCUGCCCGGCCACCCAGCUCCUCAACAUCCGCAUCCUCGUCGCUCCACCCUAGCGCCGCCGCGAGCGCUGCCCUCCUACAACACCAUCCGACUCUGAGCUCCCUCCCUCGCCCCGUCAGUGUCGCCGGCGAAUGGCCCGUCGGCACUUCACGACUGUCACACGAACUCCACCCAGAUGACAUCGCCGAAACCAGCGCCGAUGAUCACCAUGAGAAUCCUGGGCAGUCGCGCUCGCGCUUCAGCCUGAUGAAGUUACGCAACCACUCCGAACCGCAUCUGUGGUCGCGCGCAAAAUUGGAGGCCGAAAGAGAAAGAGAAAGAGCGGGAGAAGCACUUCCUCCCAUUCCUGCCGUCACGGCCGAGGGCGUGCUUCCCAUGAUCGUCAAAACCGCGCCGACCAUGGGCGCUGCCGAGCCGGAUGUGCAGCAGCAGGGCCGUGAGAGGCAGCUCCGGCCGUCGGUAUUCAGGAAACCAACGACAAGAUCACGGGCAUCGGAACAGGACCGCAGACCCUCUACAGACAUGGCGCGAUCGGCGAAAAAGGGCUCCUCGUUGCGAUGGCGCCGGGGAAAGACGAGUGGCCUGGAGGAUCUGCACAGGCUCUCGACAAUGCACCUCCACGACCAGCACAGCGCACCUCCCUCAUACGGCGAGCACUCCAGUUCGGCCCUUGCCGUGCCAGUCUCCCAAGCAUCCGAUCCUCGAAUCUCGGAAUCCUCCCGAUCCGAUGGCAGUUCUGGGGACGGGCAGAUCUAUGGCAGUACAACGACAACAACGCAUACCGUCCAGACGCAUACGACCUUCUUCAAAUUGCCACGCCGGAAUAAGAAUCGCAACUCGCUGUUCCCGCUUCCUAUCAAGCUGCCUCCUCCCGAUGCGUCCCCACACGAUACGAACGAGCCCACCACGCCGCGCGCUUCCACGCACUCUCUCACUCCAGAAGCCGUGGCAACUCCUUCGACAGAGGUGACUGCUGUACGGGGAGCCCAUGCAGAAACGGAAGCCUUCAGUCAAGGCUCGCCCAAGAAGCUCUCUUUUGCAGAUCCUGACAUGAGUCUGUUCCGGCGAAGCUCUUCUCGAUCAGAAGCGUCCAAUACAUCAUCGCCACUACAACCGCCGAUACGAUUUGGUAUGCGAGAUAGAUCCUCCACUCAGAGCUCGUCUGGGGCGCGCAGUGGUGGUGAUGCAGACACGCCGCCACCACUCUCGGCUAGUGGCAGAAACUCUACUUCCACUGCAGGACGGUCCAGCUUUGGUGGUCUAUUGAACCUGUCACGAUUCCGGCAGAGUUCCGAACCGCACUCGCCGCGACAUGGCUCGCCUGGCACCAGAAGCAAGUCAAACUCCUUUGCGAUGAGUCGGGAAGCACUGGUGAUACCGGAGCGGGAAGACGGCGAUACGCCUGGAAAGUAUCUGGAGCGUCUACAGUCUGCUGUGCCAAGGAGCGUGAUUGCUGGGAUAUUGUCAAAAUCGUCGGAUUCAUUUGCGCAGGCGGUGCUUCGCAGUUACACGAGAAGAUUCCCAUUCUUCACAGAGCCGAUCGAUAUGUCGCUUCGGAAGUUCCUACUGGAAGCUGAAUUGCCCAAAGAAACGCAGCAGGUGGACCGCGUGAUACAAGCCUUUGCGGACCGAUACCACGAGUGCAAUCCUGGAAUUUAUUCCUCUGCAGAUGUCGCGUACAUUAUCGCCUUUUCGAUCAUGAUGUUGCACACGGAUGCCUUCAAUCGCAAUAACAAGAGGAAAAUGCAGAAACAAGAUUACAUCAAGAACACCUCCGGACAAGGCAUCUCUGACGAGGUAUUGGCCUGCUUUUAUGACAAUAUCUGCUACACGCCAUUCAUUCAUUACGACGAGGAUGUGGAUAUCAAUGGUGAGCGGGUACUUCACUUCACCCAAUCGAGCAAGUCUGGUGGGAGGUUAAAGAGUGCAAUACCCGGAGCUGCGGACAUCACGAGGAAGCCUUCAGGGCCUGUUGAUCCAUACAAUCUCAUUGUGGAGCAGAAGCUGGAUACACUCCGUCCCUCCAUCAAGGACAGUAUAAUGAUGGACGAUCCGUACGACUAUCGUGGAAGUCACGGCGACCUUGACCCGCAGUAUCUGCAGCGGGCUUUCACGCAUACAGGAAUCAUUCAAAUCAUCUCGGCAAGAUCGCGUCCGGCAGCAUACGAGAGCCAGGUAGUGAAUGGGCAACCCAACUUGACCGAAACACAGCAGGGCAUUGUCGAUCUCAAAAUUACCAAAGUCGGGUUACUGUGGCGGAAAUCUGCCAAGAAGAAGAAGACGAGAAGUCCAUGGCAGGAAUGGGGCGCGAUUCUUACGGGUUCGCAGUUGUACCUAUUCAAAAACUCGCACUGGGCAAAGGGACUGAUGCACCAGUUUGUCACCCAUCAGAAGCCUGGCCAAUCGAGAACCCCUGUGGUGUUUAAGCCUCCGUUGCAAGACUUCAAGCCGGAUGCGCUGAUCAAGACCGACAAUGCCGUGGCGCUUGUGGAUGCCACGUACACGCGGCAUAAAAAUGCUUUUACCUUUAUUAGCAAUUCCGGGCAGGAGGAAGUCUUAUUGGCCGACAACGAGAGUGAACUGCAUGAUUGGUUGGGCUUGAUCAACUAUGCUGCUGCAUUUCGCGCGGCCGGCGUGCGCAUUCGUGGCAUGACGGGGAGUAAUGACGAAAGUACGUCUGCGCCGUCCCUGACGAGAAUACAGUCAUCCAGUUCGUCGAAAUCGUUUCACACGCAGAACGGCGAAGUCACGGUGUCGCGCAGAGGUCUCGGUGCACAGCUUCAGCGGCAGGUCAUGGCUGCACGGCGGCAGAUUAUGAUUCGGAAAAUUGCUGAGAUUGAGGGCGAGAUCGAGAAUGCUUACAGGCAACUGGACGGCAUGCUGCGCAAUGCGCGACAUCUUCUCAUACUCGCGCCGAUAGCACCGCGCACACGAGAUGAAGUCGUUCUUGCGGCGGGUCGAGCUGACGCCACGAUCAAAUGGCUGCGUCGCGACAUGUGGCGCCUAAAGUGUCACCGCGACAUCCUUGCAAUGGAUGUCAGGAUCGAUGGCAUGACUGCGAGUGAGCUCGAAAGGCUCAUGCCUCAUCACCAGCCGGCCGAGCUCGAGUCGGCGCGAAAAGACAGGCCAAAGUUACUUACGAGGUUCGGUUCCCACAAAAUCGCCAAGAGUCCGCCGCAAAGUCCAUCAGCCUUGAACUUCAACAGACCUCCGACGAGGGAGUCGAUCGACGAGGGUUCCGGAGAAACGUCGACGACACAACCCAAGCCUGCGCGUGCACAGAAAGAGGAAAGUAGCUGGCGGCUCCCGCCUCUGAGCCUUAAUGCACCUCCAGAGGAACAGCAGAACCGACGAUCCGUCAGCAGUACGCUUCUCUCCGCUUCGCCGCCAGCAAGUCGGACUAGCCUCCAGCACUCGCACUCUGCGAAUAGCAUCCAGGCCGUGCGCACUCACUCAUUCGAACCUUCAGAGAAUGGUAAUUCUGGCAAGCUCUCACAGACUGCCAGUGUGGAUGAGCAAGAACUCCAGCGACUCGCACGAGCGAACACGAAUAUCGAUUCUGCUAUUGGGCAAGACCGCAGCGCUAGUGGCGAUGCUGCAGCACUAAGCACGUCGCCAGAGAGCAACAAGCACAAAGGUGUGCGUAGGAGUCUGCACAAGACUUUGCGCGAGCACCAUCAUGGCAGUCACACGCAUCGACAUCGUCGCAACAAGGAUAGCGAAAGCACUGUGCGUUCGGGCGUCGCCGAAGCGAUGGAGCCCGAAGUGACGACCCCUGGUUUAACUCGCGAAAAACCUCGGUUUAUCCUUCAUGGAAAACAGGCAUCUGUCGUGCAAUUCGGUGGUGACUGGGAGCGCAUGAAACUUCGGAGAGAACAGUACGAAGCUGGGCGUGCCUCCAGUGAAUAUCAAUCGCAGCUCGACGCUGCAUAUCAACGUAGACGGUCCGAGGCUCAAGAGCGACUCCGCGCUGGUAUGACGAGUCCAGUAGUGCAAGAGCUCAGAAACAGUUGCACCACAGACGAUGACGAUGACUCAGCCAGUAUACUGUCAGCCGAAUCCCGCAGCUUUAGGUCAGAUGCGGAAGCUGCUGCAGCGUUUGCUGCUGUUGGUCAUUCGGGAAAGUCAUUGGACUCUGAUGAAGAAGAAUCAGAAUUCCCUGGCUUCGACCUUUCGGACUGGGAUCCAGAUACUGGGCGGAGGACCACCAUCCUCGGACCAUUCCCUGUACAGCCAUUGCAACAGCAGCAGACUCCGACCAAACGCAGACGUUUCAGCAGUCUUCAAAAAGGACGGGAUGGUAAUAUUGAAGACGUCGAGGAAUACGAAUCUUCGCAUCACAAUAAUCCAGAGAACAAGGGCAUUUCAACAUCAGCAUCUGCCCACUCGACGAGUCCUACAGGCAGUCGAGUGGUAACUCCACCGGAUAUCCCAAGGAACAGGGAAAAUAGGCGUACGGUAAUUGGUCCUCCCACUUUUCCACCAUAUCAGGCAUUAGCGACGGCGCAUCAGGGAUCCUAUUCGACUAGGGCUACGACUACUGAAGAGGAGGCAGAAUCCAGUAGUGCGAGGGGUUCAUUCGUAGAAGGCGAACAUGGAUUUGUAAGAGCUAUUGGGGACGAUGAGUUGCGGAGUAUGAGUUCAAGUCUGAACUCGAGUCCAGAGAAGAAGCAGAAGAAGCAGAGCUCGAUCUAAGUCGGUGGAUCGGGAUGAAAACAAAAAAGUCUACCAUGGACAUGGUUUUUUGUGUGUGAGAGUAUAGUUUUUAUGUGUGUAAGACUUUUUGUAGUUCAAAAGGGCAGGACUGGAAUGAUACCCGAGAUGGAAAGCCAUGCGUUUCGAAUGGAAUUGAAUUGAAUUGAA